AAGAACAUAAAUGCUAUAAUAUUAGCAGAUUCUUUUUCAGAAGUUCUUUAGAAAAUAUCCCUAAAAAGUGUUACUUUCUGCUAGAUCCUUUACCGCAUUGCUCCAACAAGGAAGUAGUCCCAAGCAUGAAUACUCUGCUUCUGUUUAUGAGUGUGCUAGGUAUAUCCUUUGCUUCUCCAAUCAAAAGAAGCGUAAAUUUGCUUGGAAGUGGCUAUGCAGAAAAUGUUGCCAACGUUAAUGCCAUUAAUGCAAACAAAGAAAUCUUAAGCAAUGGCUCUGGGAAUGCUGGGAGGAACCAACAGAAUGGCGAGAAUGAAAACGAUGGGCACCCAGAAGGAGCAAAAUUCAGUAAUUAUACAAGAGGACCCAAUCAAACUGGAGAGGUGUCUGCAAUUGAUAUUAACUAUCCCCAGAGGGCUUAUGAGGAUAAAUCCAAUAAUCAACCAGCCCCUGAGGACCCUGAUAAUACCCAGGGAACACAAAACAUUGAUCAAAAUGCUGAGCUCCGCACAGGGAAAGGAAUUAACCAUCCUCAUUUAGACCUUCAUGUGAACACAAACCGCACCAGUGAAGAGAAUCCAUCUGAACAUUUACCAGGGAAAAACAGCAUUUAUGGUUCAGCAUGGGCAGAAGAGGGUUUUGCACCUGAGGAUGCAGAGCUCUCCACUGACAAACAAGAUGUCAUAGAAGCCCACAGUGACAGUAGCUUUAACGUAGGGGGAAAGGAUGAGGAUAUGGAUAAUGGCCACCAUCAUUCAGACAACGGUUAUUUUAACGAUGAAGGCAUGCAAAGGGUUGAUCCAGGUAAUGCUGGUGAUAGUGCUGACUCUAACUCUAGUCAGCAGGAAGAAAGCAAUAGCGACUCUGCGCAAUCCACUCCAAAACACUGCAAGAGUAUUCCCAGUGAAUCAAAGAGUUCAAGUAAAGCUGCUCAUCAGAAUACUAGUGUUUCCAAUGAUUCCAUCAGCCCCAGUGCUGCUAGCGCCUUCAGCGACCCCAGUGCCUCAAGUGGCUCCAGCAACCCCAGUGCCUCAAGUGACUCCAGCGACCCCAGUGCCUCAAGUGACUCCAGCGACCCCAGUGCCACAAGUGACUCCAAUAAUUCCAGUGAAUCCAGCAGCUCCAGUAAUUCCAGUGAAUCCAGCAGCUCCAGUAAUUCCAGUGAAUCCAAUGAAACAAGACAGUAGAGUUCAAUAAGUCAAUAGUGACAUUCCAAAGGCAUUAGAUACCAGUCGCCAGCAAAACAGAGAAAAAGGCAAUAGCCUACAAACAGGUAUCAGUGAAAAUAAUUCCGAUGAUUCAAGUAACUAAAACUUAAUUAGUAAAUGGUAACAACCACAACGGAAAAGACACUCCUCCAAUAGUAUCCCAAAAUAUGUACUGUAGCUCUCUAAAGGACUCUAUAUAAUUUGCUUUGGUGGUUGCCUAAUUUCAUUAGUGUUAAAGCUUUUCAUAAUGAAAGAGAAUAUUGUGUUGCAUGAACAAGCAUAUUUGCCUUCUCCAUUUGCAGCCUGUGGUUCAAAUUCUGUUUUCACUGACACCUGUGCAACCCCAGUGACUUGGAUGUCACUUGGAGAUGAAUUUGUUUCAAAUUCAACUCAUUCCAGAAUGUUUCAAUGACAUUGUGUAACUGUGCCUUGUAGCUUAGCACUGCAGAAUCUUAGCGUAAUUUAAUAUUUCAAAUUUUCUUUACACAUUUGUAAUUUCUUAAUCAGAACUACAAGAAAGAUUGUUGUUUACCAUGUUGUGUCAAAGGCAUUUCCUACUGCUGCCUUGUAUCACUGUUAUCUGUAAUCUGUUCAUUCUCUCCAGCUACUCUUCAGCCUCAUCUAUUUGCUGUAGUACUAUAACGUCCCAGGGUGAUGUGCAUUAGAAAGAAAGGGGUGGUUUGGUGGAAUAUGUGAAUUUAGCAGGUAGCACCAGUCCAGUCUCUACUGAGUCUAUCACAUCACAGAAAGCAUAUGUGGCACUAAAUGAUACCCUUGUUGGUAUAAUGACUAAAACGUUCUCUGCUGUAGUUGGCCCCUAUAGGUCAUAAUUGAGGCAUAUAAGUGGAGCAACAUUGGAGGGACUGUACUACUGAGGUGGCUGAGGAAGUUUGGUCUCUAUCUGUAAUAGGACUAUGGAGAACUAUUAUAUUAGUCUUACAAAUGAUGUUUAACUAAAUGUAUAGGCAGUUAGAGCUUGGUGAAAAGGUUUGUUCUUACAUUGUGUUGCUAUUCUUUUUUAGAAAUUGUGAGUAUUACCAGUAAAAUUGACUUCUUCUAAUGGACUCUUGCUGACUAGACAGUGACUUAGGUGCACAGAUGCUGUCUUCAGGAUAUACCCCCACAAAAAAAUGGAAAUCAUUACAAGGUCAGGAAAACAUCACAUCCGAGGCUGUCAAUCUGGCAUCUUUACAAACAGCUACCGCUGACAUCAGUGCGGAUUGAGGAUGCUCAGCACCUCUGGAAAGCAGGCCAGUGGUCUCUGCCCCAAAAGUCUUGCAAUCUAAUUAGACAUCAGGCAGACAGUGACUGACAGACAAUUUGUGACAGUAACAAACAGAGGUAAAAGCGGGGAGGGAAAGAAAAGAGUGAAAGGAACAGGAUCACGUGGUUACUCAGCUAUUGUACAUAUACUUCUUGGCAGGUCCAUUUAAGUUACUUUGGUUAUGGUGAAUUAACUCAUUUCCUGUAGGUAUUUCUAUAAAUGAUGGGGGAGAUUGUGAUUGUCUUAUUCACACAGGUGAGCAGUUCUUCAUGGGACUUCAGUGAAACUACUCACACGAGUAACUGCUUGUUACAUUAUUGAACUGGAUUUAAUUCUAUGGCCUAUGCUAUGUAGGAUGUCAGACUUAGAUAAUCACAACCUUAAAAUCCAUGAUGCUGUGACAAUUUAUAACAGCUCAGGAUCAGCCCCUGUGAAUUUGAGUAAGGGGUUCACAAUCUGCCCCUAUAUUUGUAAAGAUCAUCAUGAAAAAGGUGAAAGAUCUGUAUCAUAUAUUCAAAAAGAUGAUUAUAAUAAACAAACCACCCUCUCUCA